AUGUCAUUUUUGGCAGGACUCUGUGGGUGCUUCACGAGCAAAGAUGUGAAGCCCAAACCGACUUCAUCUCGCCCAGAGAUGCAGAUGAGACCUUCACACAGCGUGACACGCAGUGGUGUCCAGACGGGGAAUUUCAUCCUCAAUGAGCGGGGUGAAAUAGUUCGCGCAACGAGUCCGCUGGACCGACACCUUGGACACGUGCCCCCCUACGGUGAUGACGCGGAUUCACGUGGCUAUGCCAGUGUGGUUCCGCUUCCGCAGUACACUCCACGCCCGAUGAGCGUCCACGAAAAGACUCUCGAGGCACAUCUGCGGGAUCCUCCCAUGUCGUCGGACUCGAGCUCUCUUUAUCCGGACGAGAAGCAGGGCCAUGGAAAUGAUGACGAAACCACUUCGGAUAGUUCGUCGGUCUUUUCCUAUCCCAGUAGCUUUGGCAACACAUCAACGGCGACACGGGAGACGCCGCCCCCUCCAUAUUCACCUCGCCAUUCGGUGAUGAUAGGGCGGUCACGGGCAACAUCUGUCUCCUCCGCAGUGGCUGUGGCCGUUUGUCCUCCGGCCCCGGCUCGGCUUCAUGGCGCAUGCAGAACAGCUGCUCCCUCCGAAAUUGACGACCAGUCUAUUCGGCGUCAUCGCCGAGGCUCAUGGCAGAGCAGAUGA